GUCAACAUUAAAAACAGUUCUCGCAAUUUGUGGUGAAUUGGAAAAUAGUAUUUCUUUUAUUAUACGGGAACAUUUAUCUUCUAAGCCAAACAAGACAUUAACUGCAACAAUUGUGCGUACAUCUGGCCAUAGUUCACGUCCCUACCGGUUCAGUCCAUCCGUGGUUCGGCCGGAACGGAACGCAUUCCGAAGUAGAAUGAAGAUCCACUUUCGCGAGCAAUAUGGAUCAACAGGAGAGGAAAUUCUCUACGUAACACCUGAUAAUCAAAAUUCCGUAGUUCGAGUCAAUGUAAAAGGAGAGAAACCAAAAAUUCGGAAACGACUAAGCUUGAAACGAUUUUUCCAGAAUCUAUUUCUACCCGCAGGGUAUCCAGACAGUGUCAGUAGUGACUAUUUGGCUUACCAGAAAUGGGAUACUGUACAAGCAUUCUGCAGUACGAUUAGUGGGACUUUGACCACUCACUCCAUUUUGAAAGGUGUUGGAGUUGGUAGUGAUAUGGCCAAUCCGUUGUCUGCUACUAUUACCUGGGUACUAAAAGAUGGAAUGGGUCAUUUUGGUCGAAUCCUGUUCGCUUGGUGGAAAGGAACCGAACUGGAUAUGGAUUCGAAAAAGUGGCGUAUUCGGGCCGACAUUCUGAACGACAUGGCCAUGGCAGUCGAUCUGUUUGUGCUGCCCGCCUACCCGGAAGAAGCAACUUUCAUUCUCUGUGCAACGACCACUAUGAAAGCGAUCGUCGGUGUAGCCGGCGGUGCAACACGAUCCGCAUUGACCCAACAUCACGCCAUUCGGGGUAAUUUGGCCGAUGUUGCUUCGAAGGAUAGUGCACAGGAAACCUGUGUCAAUUUGAUCGCUUCGUUUGUAGGACUGUUCCUGUUGACCCACGUGCAGGAGCAAAGGGUUCUAUAUGGUUUGUUUUUGUUUGCGAUUCUUCUGCAUCUCUACGCUAACAUCAAAGCAGUGAAAGCCGUAUGUUUGCGCACUUUCAAUGAGGCACGGUAUCUGAUAACUCUAGAGGAAUAUUUUAAGUCUGGCACGAUCCUUUCCCCGGAACAAGUGAACAAACUGGAACGAGUUACAAUCGGUCAAACGGUUUCUCUCACCGCUCGAGUCAAGAUCGGAUGCUCUGCUCGGGAUUUAGCGCAAUACUAUCGCAAUUGCUACGAUCUAGAAAAUGUGAUCGCUUGUUUCGAUUCGCGGGAAAAGUUUAUCAUUUCGGAAACUCGUUACUACGUUGGAGUGUAUUUGCACUUCACUGUCAAACCGUUGGAUAUUAUCAAGUCAUAUUUUUACGUGGCUUCGUAUCUACAAGACAAAAAUCAGUUGCGUGAUCGUUACUGGGAAAUUCAAAAUAAAUGGAAUGAAUUUCUGAACCUGGCCCAGUGCGAAGGAUGGAAUGUUCAAGCCCAUCUUCUGAAGGCCGACGAAUACCGAUUAGAUUGGAGGAUAUAAAGGAUUCGCUCGAUCAUGGAUAGCAACUAUACUGGACUCUUAACGAAAGAGUUUUUGAUUUGAACCGAUCGUAGCAUUGUUGAACACGGACAUAACAUGAGCAAUUAACACAUUUUUCAAAAUCUUCAGAUUUGUAACUGAAACGUGAGCGACUUUUGGGGUGCCAAAUAAGCAAUCUAGUCUCAAUUAUUUCAUCUAAGAAACGCAAUGCAAGCAAGCUGGACCAAAUUACCGAAAAAAAAAGUUCAAUCUAAGAAGUACCGAGAACGAGACAUCGAAAAAUACCACAAAAGAACAGGGUUUCGUUGCGUCAAUAUCAAUGAGAAAAAUUUUAGAUACGCAUCGUUGUGCUACUAAGCGAAACUAAACACACAAAAGAAACUAUUUUUCUAAACAUUCCAAUUAGUGAGAGUGCUUUAAUCUAAAGAACAAUAUCAUAGUUUAUAGUGUAGGGUCAAGAUUUAUCAAUAGCACACCAUUUUAAAAACUGUUUACGGUGCUGUACACCGACCGGCUUCAGACGCAGUAGAGAUCGAUUGUUUCAAGUAAAGGCGAAAUUCACCGCAGUCGAUGUAACAACUUAUGUUACCAUUACACUUUGCAUUCUGCUUCCUUAGGUUUUAUUAUCAAGCAAAAUCCGUACGAGAUUGUCGCGUAUGGUGAAUUUUUAAUCAUAUCACAACAACGACUCCAUCCAAAUACGGUUGGCCGCAGUAGAGAUUCGUAGUUGCAAAUGCUAUUCGAUUUCGGGUAGUUAAGUAUCAGAUCUCUGUAGCACACACACGCUAAAUGUAAUUCAUAUAUCAAGAAUGAAGAUUUCGUUAAGCUUCACUUCCAUUAGACAAGCACAAAUGUAAGACUCGCGAAAUCAAUUUUAAAAGAUAGAAGUUAGAAUAACGAUUGCUUUUAGUGAAACGAAAAACACGCUCGAUGAAAUUUUAGGCUUGGUUUUGUACCUCGCAUGCGUUUUAUACUUCCUUGAGUCGCUUAUAAAUUUUUAAUGCAGCUAA